UUCUUCAGCCUCUUCUCAGACAUCAAUAAAAUCACGCCCAUAUAUGUUUUUUUUUUCAAGGAGCAUUCAUUCGAAAUUAUAAUGAUCCCGAUAUUUUCUCAACGAUCAUCACAUCAUAACCGAAUACCCUUCACGAACUCCACGCCUUGUAACUACAAAAGCCCCAAUAUCCCCGCAAUUACCAUCCCAACCCACCCCUCAGUGAUCCUCCUCUCACCUCCACUGCUCUGCAGCCCUCCUGGGCCCGUUGAAGAUGCACUGCUGCUGGCCGAGCUUGAGUUUGUGCUCGUAGGUCCUACGGUCGUGAUCUGUGUCGUGGUCGUUGGUCCUGUGAUUGUCGUUCCACCGCCGCCGGGUAAGACACAAGUGCAGGUCGGCUUGGCGCUACACGGGAAAGGUCCUUGGGUCCCAGUCCAUAUUGUUGUCUGGCCAUGGCAUUUGUUAUCAUAUGGGCAGGUUGUCAGCGUUGUGAUUGAUGUCACUGUCACGGUAGAGUUUGAGAAGCAUCCGUGCAUGAGGACGAGGAGGACGAAGUUGAGCUGCUUGAGCUCAAGCACGAGGCAUCAGUACAAGAUGAGACGCUACUGGAGAUAGAGCUUGACAACGAGGACGAAGACGACACCGACGUAGCACACGGAAUACGGAGGACAGCCGUCGAAGUCUGGCAUCCUUGAUGGCAAGUCGUCUCGCAGAAUGUGGUCGUGGGAAGCCCAGUGAGACAGUC